AAAACACUUGGGCCUAGAAGAGAGGAGUGCUCCAUAGAAUGAGGGAAAGAGAGUGAAGAGAUUAUGAAGCUUGUGGCCUGACUAGCCAUCCACAAAACAGGUGACUUGGCUCAGGAUCCACGGCCUAGACCCAGCCACCACGAAAUAGCUUAUGGAGGAGCCCCAAGAGCCACUGGCCAAGCAAGCUCUCCCCUGUGGAGGGAGGAGCAGCACGUGAGCAGGGCGCUGCAGCAGGAGUGGACAUGAAUGCUGGCUUCCAGAAAGAGCAGCGUUUCACUUUUGGUCAUCGGAAGUGGUGCCUUCAGCGCAGAAGAGCGCGAUUUCUCCUCUGAGACCGCUGAUCUCCAUCACAGCCGUAGAGGGGAGAAGAGGUGGGGACGGAGCCACCCCAGCAUCCAAAGCGGCUUCUCUCAAGCCAGAACCAGGGAUGACUGGGCCAUGGACACAGAAGUCUCCAACCUUCGGCCAUUUGCAUAGCACACAGGGGACUUGUGGGGGCCACCUGCCACUGCCAGUGAAACCCAUUCAAUGGCAAUACUGACAUCCUUCAUGCCGUUUUCACGACAGACACUCAGGCAGGAAGCGCCGGCGUGCUUUCUGUCUGCAGAGUAGAGGGCCCUGCCUGACCAACAUGAACGGCGCAGGCCCCGAGACCUACUCUGAGUUCACUUGCAGCCACUGACACUUGCAAAAAAUCAAACCAACUCCCAAAGCCAUUGUAGGGUUGGCUUCCAUAGCUCUUGACCAAUGUGGCCAAAGCUGGACACCUCGGGACACUUGGGUUAUUCGUAAAUGCAACCUGCCUCACCUCCCAGAACAGCAUCUGAAGUCUCUGUAAAGGUCAUGGAUCCUGAACAAAGUGUCAAGGGCACCAAGAAGGUUGAUGGAAGUCCCCGGAAGCGGCUGACCAAGGGAGAGGCCAUUCAGACGAGCAUUUCCUCCAGCACGCCGUACCCAGGCAGUGGCACCACUGCCCCCCAAGAAAGCACCCCCCAGGAGCUCCUAGCCCCGCAGCCCUUCCCAGGCCCCUCAUUGGUUGUUAGGGAGGGCUCUCAGGAGAAAACAAGCGUACAACAGAAGCCCCCCAGGAGGCCUUCCAUUGAGACCUCAGUUCACAUCUCGCAGCUUCCGCAGCACCCCAUGACACCAGCAUUCAUGUCUCCCAGCAAACCAGAGCAUCUCCUAGAGGGGUCCACGUGGCAGCUGGUCGAUCCCAUGAGACCGGGACCCUCAGGCUCCUUUGUGGCUCCUGGACUCCAUCCGAAGAGCCAGCUCCUCCCAUCCCAUACCUCCAUCCUUCCCCCUGAGGACCUGACUGGCAUCCCCAAGGUUUAUGUGUCCCGUCCCUCACAGGUGUCCCUGAAACCUACAGAAGAGGGACACAAGAAGGAGAGGAAACCUCAGAAGCCAGGCAAGUACAUCUGCCAGUACUGCAGCCGGCCCUGUGCCAAGCCCAGCGUGCUCCAGAAGCACAUCCGCUCACACACAGGCGAGAGGCCCUACCCCUGUGGCCCCUGUGGCUUCUCCUUCAAGACCAAGAGUAACCUCUACAAGCACAGGAAGUCUCAUGCCCAUCGUAUCAAAGCUGGCCUGGCUUCGGGUGCAGGAGGUGAGAUGUACCCCCCAGGGCUAGAGAUGGAGAGGAUCCCUGGGGAGGAGUUUGAGGAACCCACCGAGGGAGAAAGCACAGACUCCGAAGAUGAAACUGGCACCACAUCCGGUCCCCCAACAGAGGUUCCCUCCAGACCUAAACACCCUCUCCUCUCCAGCAGCUUGUAUAGCUCCGGGAGCCACAGUUCUAGCCAUGAACGUAGCUCCUUGUCCCAGUCCAGCACAGCGCCAUCGCUCGAGGACCCCAGCCCAUUUGCAGAACCCUCAUCUGAGCAUCCCUUGAGCCAUAAACCAGAAGACACCCACACCAUUAAGCAGAAGCUGGCACUCCGCCUGAGUGAGAGGAAGAAGGUGAUUGAUGAGCAGGCGUUUCUGAGUCCUGGGAGCAAAGGAAGUACGGAGUCUGGGUAUUUCUCACGCUCUGAGAGCGCUGAGCAACAGGUCAGCCCCCCCAACACCAAUGCCAAGUCCUAUGCCGAGAUCAUCUUCGGCAAGUGUGGGCGGAUCGGACAACGGACAUCUAUGCUGACAGGCACCUCCACCCAGCCCCUGCUGCCUCUGUCUGCCGAAGAUAAGCCUAGCCUGGUGCCUUUGUCUGUGCCCCGGACACAGGUGAUUGAGCACAUCACAAAACUCAUCACCAUCAACGAGGCUGUGGUGGACACCAGCGAGAUCGACAGCGUAAAACCCAGGAGGAGCUCACUGACGAGACGCAGCAGUGUGGAGUCCCCGAAAUCCAGCCUCUACAGGGAGUCGCUGACUUCCCAUGGGGAGAAGACAAAGCCAGAACAAUCGCUGCUGGGCCUCCAGCACCCGCCCAGCUCCACUCCCCCUGUGCCUCUCCUAAGAAGCCACUCAAUGCCUUCUGCUGCUUGCACCAUCAGCACCCCCCAUCACACCUUCCGAGGGAGCUACUCCUUUGAUGACCACAUCGCUGAUCCGGAGGGCCCUAGCCGCAACAGUCCUGCGUUCACCUCCCACCCACGGAUGCUGAAGCGCCAGCCGGCAAUCGAGCUUCCUUUGGGAGGUGAGUUCAGUUCCGAAGAGCCUGGACCAAGCAACAAAGACCCUGCCUCCAAGCCCUCCGAUGAACCAGAACCCAAGGAAAGUGACCUCACCAAAAAGACCAAGAAGGGCAUGAAAACAAAAGGUGUCAUCUACGAAUGUACCAUCUGUGGUGCUCGGUACAAGAAACGGGAUAAUUACGAGGCUCAUAAGAAGUACUACUGCUCUGAGCUCCAGAUCACAAAGCCUCAUUCCGCAGGUGCUCCUGAAGCUGAAAAGACCCAGGUAGAACCUGAGCCCUGGUCCCAGAUGAUGCAUUAUAAACUGGGAGCCACCUUGGAACUCACUCCACUGAGGAAGAGGAGGAAGGAGAAGAGCCUUGGCGAUGAGGAGGAGCCACCUGCCUUUGGUAGCUCUGGGCCAUCAGACGCUGCUAGGAAUCUUCCCCUAGAGUCCACCAAGUCACCAGCAGAGCCAAGUAAACCAGUGCCCUCUUUGGAGGGACCCACGGGCUUCCAGCCAAGGACUCCCAAGCCAGGGGCUGGAUCAGAACCAGGGAAGGAGAGGAGAACAACAUCCAAAGAAAUUUCUGUCAUCCAGCACACCAGUUCCUUUGAGAAAUCUGACCCUCUCGAGCAGCCCAGCAGUGUGGAAGGAGAAGACAAACCCUUGGCCCAGUUCUCAUCCCCACCACCUACUCCUCAUGGACGCUCCACACAUUCCCUGCAGCCUAGGUUGGUCCGCCAGCCCAAUAUUCAGGUUCCCGAGAUCCUGGUGACUGAAGAACAUGACCGGCCUGACACAGAGCCUGAACUGCCCCCAAAGGAGCCCGAGAAGACUGAGGAAUUCCAGUGGCCCCAGCGCAGCCAGACACUGGCACAGCUCCCCGCCGAGAAGCUGCCACCCAAGAAGAAGAGACUUCGCCUGGCCGAGAUGGCACAGUCCUCUGGGGAGUCUAGCUUCGAGUCCUCCGUUCCUCUGUCUCGCAGCCCAAGUCAGGAGAGCAGCAUCUCUCUGAGUGGCUCCAGUCGCUCUGCAUCAUUUGACAGGGAGGACCAUGGGAAAGCUGAGGCCCCAGGGCCUUCAUUGGACACACGCCCCAAACCCUUGGGUACCCAUAUGCUGACUGUCCCCAGCCACCACCCACAUGCCCGAGAAAUGCGGAGAUCAGCCUCAGAGCAGAGCCCCAAUGUGUCCCACUCCACACACAUGACAGAGACUCGAAGCAAAUCCUUUGACUAUGGCAGCUUGUCUCCGACAGGCUCCUCUGCAGCAACCCCCACAGCUCCCCCGACCCCAGCUGCCCCACCAGAAAGAAGAAAAUGCUUUUUAGUAAGACAGGCCUCCCUAAGCAGAGCUCCAGAACUUGAGCCAGAGGCCACCCCUAAGGCAAGACAGGAGAGUGAGGAGCCACAGCCCUCAGCUAACAAGCCUUCUACUAAAAGCUCUGGGCCCCAGAUCUCCUCCACAGCCAUCACACACACUGGGUACCCUGAAGGAGGCAAGAGUCAGGUGCAGGACAGGCCCCCAUUGGGAUCUAGCCCACCCUACACAGAAGCCCUGCAGGUGUUCCACCCCCCUGGUGUCCAGCUGCCCCUGCAAGAGAAGCCUUGCCUGCCCCCACCUGGCUCCCUCUUUUCCUUGCAGCACCUUUUGCAGGAGCCAGGACAGUCCUCUGAGUUCUUCUCCACACAGGCCAUGGCCAGCCUCCUUUCCUCCCCUUACUCUAUGCCCCCACUCCCACCCUCUUUAUUCCAGGCCCCACUGCUUCCUCUGCAGCCUACGGUGCUGCACCCCAGCCAGCUCCAUGUCCCCCAGCUCCUUCCUCACCCCACAAGCAUCCCUUUCCGGGAGCCCCCCUCCUACCUCCCCAUGCCAUGCCCUGCCUCCUCAGACCUCUCCUCUGGAUUUUUCCUCCCUCUGCAAUCUCAGUUUUCCCUGCAGCUCCCUGGUGACAUGGAAAGCCACCUGCCACCAAUCAAAACCAGCCUGGCUCCACUAGUAGCAGGACCUCCUGGUCCCUCCAGCAGCACAGAAUACAGCAGUGACAUCCAGCUGCCCCCAGUGGCUCCCUCAGCCAGCUCUCCAACAACCACUUCAGCCCCACCACUGGCCCUGCCUGCCUGUCCAGACACCAUGGUGCCACUGGUUGUGCCAGUCCGCAUUCAGACCCACAUGCCGUCCUAUGGGAGUGCGAUGUACACCACCCUUUCUCAGAUCUUGGUCACCCAGUCACAAAGCAGCUCAACAAGUAUAGCUCUUGCAAAGUGUGAAGAGCCCCCUUCCCAGGGGUCCUCUGUGUGUGGAGGUGAUGUGUAUGAGACUAGGCCUGGACCAUCUGGGCUAAGUGAGGAGCAAAACAGAAGUUUCCAGACUCCAUACCUACGGGUGCCUGAAAGGAAAGGCACUUCCCUAUCAUCUGAGGGUGUCCUGAGCCUGGAGGGGAGCUCAUCUGCAGUUGGGGGAAGCAAGCGUGUCCUCUCCCCAGCCGGCAGCCUUGAACUUACUAUGGAAACCCAGCAGCAAAAAAGAGUAAAGGAGGAGGAGGCUUCCAAGGCAGAUGAGAAACUGGAAUUGGUGAAACCCUGCAGUGUGGUCCUGACCAGUGCUGAGGAUGGGAAGAGAGCAGAAAAAUCCCACAUGGGCAGCCAGGGCCGGGGCAGGAGGGAAUUGGAUACAUUGUCCAGCCUUCCCUCAGAUGCAUCUGACCCAAAAGAAGUGUCUUCCCUCCCCCAUCCACCAGUGCCCCAUGGGACAGUCUCCAGCUCAGAAUCUUUGAAGGAAUCUGCCCAACCAUCUGGAAAACCUCACCGAAGAGGGUUGCCCUCACUGAGCAUGAAGAAAGAAGAUUCCAAGGAACAGCCUGACCUCCCUCCCCUGGCACCUCUCAGCUCUCUGCCUCCAUCAGACUCUUCCCCCAGAUCAGCCAAGUCACAAGAAGGUACGGACUCAAAGAAGGUACUGCAGUUCCCCAGCCUCCACACGACCACUAAUGUCAGUUGGUGCUAUUUAAACUACAUUAAGCCAAAUCACAUCCAGCAUGCAGAUAGGAGGUCCUCUGUUUACGCUGGUUGGUGCAUAAGUUUGUACAACCCCAACCUUCCAGGGGUUUCCACUAAAGCUGCUUUGUCCCUCCUGAGGUCUAAGCAGACAGUGAGCAAAGAGACAUACACCAUGGCCACUGCUCCGCAUCCUGAGACAGGAAGGCUGGUGCCAUCCAGCUCCCGCAAGCCUCGCAUGACAGAGGGGCACCUCCCGUCGCUGGUUUCCCCAGAGGGCCAGACAGACCCAGCUAGAGCAGAGAAGGAGGAGGAGAAGCGAGGGAAGCCCGAGGAGGACGCUCCCGCCUCCAAGAGGGGAGAGCCGGCGAGGAUCAAAAUCUUCGAAGGAGGGUACAAAUCAAACGAAGAGUAUAUAUAUGUGCGAGGCCGUGGCCGAGGGAAAUAUGUUUGUGAGGAAUGUGGAAUUCGCUGCAAGAAGCCGAGCAUGCUGAAGAAACACAUCCGCACCCACACUGACGUCCGGCCCUAUGUGUGCAAGCACUGUCACUUUGCUUUUAAAACCAAAGGGAAUCUGACUAAGCACAUGAAGUCGAAAGCCCACAGCAAAAAGUGCCAAGAGACGGGGGUGCUGGAGGAGCUGGAAGCCGAAGAAGGAACCAGUGAUGGCCUGUUCCAGGACUCGGAGGGGCGAGAGGGCUCCGAGGCCGUGGAGGAGCACCAGUUUUCGGAUCUGGAGGACUCUGACUCCGACUCGGACCUAGAUGAAGAUGACGAGGAGGAUGAGGAAGAAAGCCAGGACGAGAUUUCCAGGCCGUCCUCGGAGGCAGCCCCGCUUGGCCUGCCAGCCAUGCCACAGGACAACUCCUCGCCUGUUGAGGGUCCUCUGCCCCCAGAUGCCACCUCUGACGAAGAGGCCCCACAAGGCAGCUCGGUCUCAGAAGCCAAGCACUUGACAGCCAGCAGUCGCUCCACGUCCAGCCAGGGUACCUCAGGCCUUCCCAGGUUGGGGUUGACCCCCCUGGGCCCUGUGGAGAAGGAAGCAGGCUCAGCCCUAAAUUCCAAGGCCAUGUCCCCUGGAAGGCCAUGGUCCCCGAGCGGAGAAGCAGGCAGCCGACCCCCACUCACCCACAAACACUCACUCGCCACAGAUGACUUGUCUCCCCAGCAGUGUUCACCGGCCCUAGAACUGCAGACCUCUGUCAUGAGCACACCUGGCCCCCAGAUGGGACCAGAAAGGGACACAGGCCCCCCUCCUUGUGGGUCUCCAAGACUGGAGCUGUCACCUCUCACUCCCCACCCCCUGGGAAGAGAGGUGUCCUCCCGAGCACAGCUGUCCCCUGAACUUAAGGGCGCCACAAAUCCAGGCGCCCCCAGAUCCUCUCCCACUAGGAGGUGGUCUCCAGGUCAGGCUGCACCACCACCAUGGUCAGUGCUGCCAGGGAAGUGGGUCUUGACUGGGCCAAGCAGCCUCUCCACGGGCCAGCAUGGCCCAAGCUCAGGGCCAGCUCCAUGGGCUCUCUUCCCGCCCACGCCUCUACCUCACAAGUUUCUUGGCAGAAGCCCUGAGACCUGUACAUCCACAUGGCAGAAGGCCGAGGCCCAAAGCGCACCCUGCUCUCCGGGCCAUGCUCCUCCACUCUCCUCCAGACACUUCUCUGCCCCGCAUGACUUCCACCUCCCGGCUCGUGGUGAGACCCUCUUCAGCCAUCUGCCUCUGCACUCCCAGCACCUGAGCCGAGCCCCCUGCCCCCUGAUUCCAAUCGGAGGGAUUCAGAUGGUGCAAGCCAGGCCAGGCGCCCACACCACCCUACUGCCUGGGCCUUGCGCGGCCUGGGUCAGUGGCUUCUCAGGCAGUGGCAGUGACCUGACGGGGGCACGAGAGGCUCAGGAGCGAGGCCGCUGGAGUCCCACCCAGAGCUCGCCAGCAUCCGUGUCCCCGGUGGCCAAAGUCUCCAAGUUCACACUCUCCUCAGAGCUGGAGGACCAGGACUACCCCAGGAAAGAGGAGAGGACAGACAGAGGACCAGGACGACCCCUGGACUGGGAGCCUCAGAGGGCUGAGGCGCCUACAGAGCCCAGGCCCACACAUAGCCUGGGCACCCCGCAGCUGCCCCAGCGCCACCAAGUGGCGACAUCCUGUCAUCCCCGCCUGGAGUCACUGCGCACGCUGGCCAACCGCAAGGCCUCGCCACCACUGGACCGCAGCAGCUCCAUGGACUGCCUGGCAGAGAGCUCUGUGCGCCUCGCAGCCCGGAGGAGAAACCUGUCUGGGGAACCCAGGACCAGGCAGGGCUCCACCGAGCCCUCAGGUAGUGGGGAUCCCAGGACACCUCUAUCCCCACUCAAGGACAGCGGCUCCCCAAGCACUUCGCCUCUCUGACUGCUUUAGCAUCUGGCUCCCAAUGUUCAGCAACAGACGUUUCCAGCCAGCUUCCUCGAAUCAUCUUGCUCCCAUGGGCAUUCUCUCCCAUCUGUCCAUCUGUCCGUGCAGCUUCUGCCCAGCCCCCAUCUGUUA